AGUUGUUGACAGUAGGAGACUGUGACUUCCCUAAAACGAUAAACGUUGCGCACUGCCACUCGCGCCAAAGCAAAACUGCAUUUUUGCAAUACCGGUUGAGACCUUGUUAUUAUGCGGAUGAGAUGUUCACUCCUGACCCGGAGGCUCUAAGAACAACGAAAGCAGCCUGGCAGGGCUUGCCCCACCGAUCGAGCGCGGAGCGUGGGCGCUCAACGGAGGUGCAUAUGGAGACGGCCUGAGUGGUUGAACCAAGGGGAGAUGGCACGCACCUUAUAGGGAUAAAGGAGCCAAGGUUCGCGAGGGGCCACGGACUGGCGGUAUCUGGUCGUAGCUUAGUCUGCACCUCGACGACCGCCCCUUGGAGCGCUGGUGGCGCCCACCAUGGACCCAAACUACCAUCAACAGCAACCACAGCAGCAGCAAUAUCAGCAGUACCAGCAGUACCAGCAGCACCCGCACUACCCUCAGGCGCACCAGCCCACGCCACCGCAGCCGUACGCGUCGCCGCAGCAGUUUACGUCCCAUGCGCACCUCACGCCUACGUCGCAGCCACAGCACCUCCAAGCGGGCUUGCCGCAGCAGCUGCCGCAGACGCACCCUCAGAUGCAGCAGCAUGGGCUGCCGGGGGGCUACCCGCAGCAGCCUCAGCAGGUACAGCAACCGCUGGGCGCGGGGAUGGGGGCCGGCGCUCAAGGCGGUAUGAUGCAGCACCAUAUGCAGCAGCAGGUAGCAAUGCAGCAGCAGCAGCAGCAGGCGCAGGGCGGACAGCACAUGCAAUCCAGUAUGCACACGCCGCAACAGCAACAGCACAUGCAACCCAGCAUGCACACGUCGCAACAGGUGGUUCAGGGGGCGGGCAUGCCAGGCGUUGGCAUGGGCAUGGGCGCGGGGGCCCAGCCACACCUCCAGCAGCAGCAGCAGCAGCCGCACCAGGCCAUGGCCGUGAGCCCACCGCAGCAGAUGCAACAGCAAGGCAUGCCCACCGCGGCGGCUAUGGGUGUCACAAGCGGGGGAACGGCGGGCACGCCGGGGCAGGCGCAGGUACAAGUACAGCAGCAGCCUGCUGCGGCGGGGCAGGCGCAGCAGCAGCAGCAGCAGCAGCAACAGCAGCAACAGCAGCUUUUGCAGCAACAGCACCAAGCAAUGCAACAGCAGAUUCAGCAGCAGCAACAAGCAUUGCAGCAACAACAACAGCAACAGCAACAGCAGCCGCACGCGGGAGCUCUUGUGGGGACUGCCGGGCCGCCAACCACAGCACCUACCACCGUUGGCACGGGAGCACCCAGUACGGCUGGCGCCACGACGGCGGUGGCCCCCACGGCAGUCGGCGCCACGGGGCAUGCUGCUGUAGGCGCAGUGUCGCCCGGCGCCGGCGUCGUGGCGGCGUCGGGAACGGUGCCGGCAGGCGCCGUCGCAGCUGCAGGCGGUGCCACGGCGGCGGCUGCAGUUGCCGCUGCCGCUGCUGCCAACCCCACGCCCGAGUACAGCCGUGUGGUUAUCCUGGUGGAGUGCACGGCGGCGAUGCAGCAGUUCCAGCACAACAUGCGUAUGCUGUAUGUGGAGCCGCUGCUGCGCCACAUCGACAAGGGGAACUUCGGCUUGGUGGAGUUGGCGGUUGUGCUUGUGGGCACGCCCGACUGGACGUGCGACCAGCCGGUGGACGGCACGUCCUGGACGACGUCAGUGAGUGAGGUUCGCUCGCAGCUGGACGCGGUGCAGUUCGCGGGCGGCGGCUUCGGCCCCAUCGCGCUCACGCAGGCGCUGGCGCACGUCAUCUACCUGCAGACGCUGCCCUCCAGCUUCCCCGUGUCGCCGCCGCUGCCCGGCGGCGGCUCUCUGCCGGCGCCCGCCGACCCCGUCGUCAAAUGCCACGUGCUCAUGCUGGUAGCCUCGCCAGCGGACCAGCUCCCGGUGCACGUGCCGGGGCUGAAGGGCAGCGCGGCGCCGCCCGCGCUGGGGGCGGGGGGCAGCGCAAACGCGGUGCGCGGCGCCGCGACGCAUGUGCCCGGCAUGCACACGUACCACAGCCUGGCGCGGCUCGUGCGGCAGUCGUACCACAUCCACCUCAGCAUCGUGUUGCUUUACACGCGCGAGACCGCCAUGUCGUGCAAGGAGUACAUGUUCAUGAUUGUGAACGAGCACUUGGAAUGCCGCGACCGCGAGCAGCAGAGCAACGAGCUGGCGCAGAACAUCCGCAUCGGCUUUCCCGAGAGGCGCGAGUUCAUCGCCUUCAUCUCGCCAACCUGGGUCACAGCUACGCAUGCGCUCAAGCGCGAGGUCGAGUCCAAAAACCGCGUCCGCCAGCAACAGCACCAACUCCUGCUUCAGCAGCGCCAGCAGGCGGCGGCCGCGGUACAGCAGGCGCAACAGGCCCAAGCGGCGGCGGCGGCCGCAGCCGCCGCGGCUGCAGCAGCUGCGGCCACGGCCGCAGCUCAGCACGCGGGGCAAGCGGCGGCGCAGCAGGCUCAAAUGCAGACGCAGCAACAGGCGCUUGGUGACGCCGCGGCGACCAUGGCGGGGCAAGAGGCGCAGAGCGCGCCGCGGUCAACGCAACAGACACCUGUGUACCCGGGGCAGCAGCCACACGCGGCCGGCGGCGUCACGCCCGCCUACGGCGAUCCGGCACAGCAGGCCGCCGUGGCGGCAGCGGCGGCAGCGGCUGUCGCCGGCGCGGCGGCGCAACAGCACCAGGCGCAGCAACAACAGCAGCAGGGCGCGGGGUAUCCCGGCACGGCGCAGGCGGUCAGCGGAAUGGGGCAAUACGGCGGCGCGCCGGGCACGGCAGCGGUGGCGCCGGGCGCUGCAGCUGCUGCUAUGUACAGCGUGGGUGUAGGCGGCACGCCAGGGCAGGCACCCGGGCAGCUCUCCACCACGGCCUCGCCAGCCAACUACUACCACCAGUCGCCGCAGUACACGCAGGCGCAGCAGGCGGCGGCUGCGGCGACGCUGGCGGCAGCAGCGGCAAAUCGCACGGGUUCGGGCACCCUGCCCGUUAGUGCCGCUGCAGCGGCGGCGCAGCAAAUUAUGGCGGCGCAGCAGGUGGCGAUUGCGGCAGCUGCGGCGGCCGCAAAGAAGAGCGUGGCGCAGCAGGGACAUCUCGGGAAGCCUGGCGCCAUGGGGCAAGCAGGCACGCAGCCGGCACGGCCUCCGAUGAUGGGUGUCACGUACAACCCGGCUUUGGCCGCCGCUGCCGCUGCCGCAGCGGCCCAGGCACAGGCCGUGCAACAGCAGCAGCAGCAGCAGCAGGCGCAGACGCAGGCGCAGGUGCAGGCGCAGGCGCAUGCGCAGCAGCAGGCGGCAGCAGCUGUGGCUGCCGCCACGGCCGCUGCGGUGGCGCAGCAGCAGUACGGCGUGCAGGCGCAGCAGCAGGCUGCACAGCAAGCGCAGCAGCAGGCUGCACAGCAGGCACAGCAUGCAUACAUGCCAGCCAUGGUCGCACAGCCGCCGCAGCCGCCGCAGCCGGCGCAAUUCAUUGUCGCGGUGCCGCAGAUGUGGGCGGCGAGGCUGGGCGUGCACAAUGACAACUCGCAAUAUCAGUACCCCAUCUUCCAGGUCCGCGUUAUGCCGGAGAACAUCCAGCCCGCCAUUCCGCAAGGCAGCGCCGCGGAGGCGGAGAAGCUGUUCGAGUCCCUACAGACACGGCCCAACCUGUGCAUGAGCCGCGCCGUCAUGCCGCCGGAAGUGUCCGCCCUGUACCCCACCCGCGUUGCAGACGUGCGCCUCGACGUGAUCCUGGUCACGGACUUUCCGGAGUCCAUCGACGUCUUCAACAAGGUGGUUAAUGACGUGCGCAGUGCCGGCAGCAUGGCACUUGAGCUGGAACAACCGCUGCACGGCUACAGCCUCAUCAUUUGGCCGCCGGCCAUCAACGCUGGCGGGCUCAAGGGCGAUGGGACCGACUCGCGGGACCCCAUCCUUGGCAUGGUGGUUCGACGUGGAUAGCUGCCCGCACGCGGGCGGCAUGG